GUCCCAGGCGGCGGCAGGAGCUCCGUGACCUCCCGGACCUCUCUCCCCCGGGACGCGCUGUCAGCGCCUGCGGAAUUUCGCUUCAACCGGUGACCUUGAGCUGGGGGCGACUUUAACCUUGAGCUUGUUAAAGUCCCUGGCUGCAGGGACCUGUGAGGAUUUCAGUGCCGAGAAAAACCGCCCGUGUUCCCGCUGCUGUAUCCAGGGUCUCAGCAUAACCCGGACCCCAAUAUCCCGUGUCCGCCUGCCAGCCAGCCGCACACGUAGCGACUCCCGCGUCUUAUGGACUUGCGAAGCCAGUUCCGCCCUCUUUCUUCCAGUGGCCAGUGCACCCUUUUAGUUUAGCACACUUAGAGGAAGCAUCUGAGUCUCUACUGCGGUCAUGAUUCUGGGGUCGUUGCCAGGCUCUGCUGGGGCCAUCUGUACUCGGGCUGCCUUGCCCAGGUUGCCACCCGGCACCGUGCGCCACCUCGCUCUAAGCAGCAUAAUGAGAUCCCAAAGGAAAACUGACCACUUGCAGAGGACUGCCAGCGCCGUGCGGCGGGAGAUCGUGUCACCUGCCAAGGUGUGUGGAGCCGCCGACGAGUCGCCCACGGUGAGGAGCAUCCGCCUGCUCGUGGCCGAUAAGCACUUCUCCUUUAAAGCCGGCCAGUGGGUUGAUUUCUUCAUUCCAGGAGUCUCUGUAGUUGGUGGGUUUUCAAUAUGCUCUAGUCCCAGACUGCUGGAACAAGAGAGGAUGAUAGAAUUGGCAGUGAAAUACACGAACCACCCUCCUGCCCUCUGGGUCCACAAUAAGUGCGUGCUGGGCUCUGAAGUGGCGGUGAGAGUGGGUGGAGAGUUCUUCUUCGACCCGCAGCCCACAGAUGCCUCUAGAAACCUCGUGUUGAUUGCCGGAGGAGUGGGGAUUAACCCCCUGCUCUCCAUCCUGAGGCACUCGGCGGAUCUCCACAGAGCGCGCGUGGACGGAGGGAGCGGACCCGAGACUGGGACAGUAAAGCUCUUCUACAGCGCGAGGGACACGAGCGAGCUCCUGUUCCAGAAGAAUAUCCUCGAUUUAGUAAAUGAAUUUCCGGAGAAGAUUGCAUGCAGUUUGCAUGUUACAAAGCAGACGACACAGAUCAGUGCCGAACUCCAGCCCUACAUCACGGAAGGAAGAGUAACGGAGGAGGAGAUAGGAGGUCACAUCUCAGGAGAGACUUUGUUCUACAUCUGUGGCCCACCUCCGAUGACGGACUUUUUCUCCAAGCAACUGGAAGACAGCCAUGUUCCCAAAGAGCACAUUUGCUUUGAGAAGUGGUGGUAGGGGGUGGGCAGAGGCAGAAAGAGGAGGAGUGAUGCCCACUCUGGGCAGGAGGAGAGGCCCUGUCCUGUCAUCUGCAGCAGGUGGGUUCGCCUCCGCCCGAGCGGAACGUCAGCCGGCAGACCUCAACCCUUUGCAGAGGCUGCACGGAUGAACUAUUUUUCACUAUAUUGAUUUUCUCUUAUUGAUAACUAUGCAGUUCCUCAUGAACUAUGAAUUGGUCAAUACAGGUUUUUCUUCUGCCCUUAGCGGGGAGAAAGGGAUGUUUAAAUUAACUGUAGGAAACGCGGUUUUAUGCACGAAGGGUAGGCUGUCUAAGGUAUUUCAGAGUGAUCCAUAGAGCUUGUAUACAGUGAACUCACACUUUAAAUACACCCGUAAUCAGUUCA